CAGCAGGGCAGCAGGAUUUCCGGAAGAAAGCUGCUCCUGCUGCAAAACCUUGUGAUCCUCUCAGGAGCUCUGCUUCGUCGCUGGAAACUGCAGAAGGAUCUAGCGAAAUAUGGCUACGGAGGGUCCUGCCACGCGACGAGUCCAGGUGGCAGAGCAUCCCAGGUUGCUGAAGCUGAAAGAGAUGUUUAAGUCCAAGUUUGGGUCCACACCCAAGUUUUAUGUUCGUGCACCAGGAAGGGUCAACAUAAUAGGAGAACAUAUAGAUUACUGUGGCUAUUCUGUUCUUCCUAUGGCUGUGGAACAAGACAUGUUAAUAGCUGUGGAACCUGUGAAAACACACACUCUCCAACUGGCCAAUACAAACCCCUUGUAUCCGGACUUCAGCACUAGUGCCAAUCACAUUUGUAUUGACAAAACCAAACCUCUAUGGCACCACUAUUUCCUAUGUGGAUUUAAAGGAAUUCAGGAGCACUUUGGUAUUAGUAAGCUGACUGGAAUGAACUGCCUGGUGGAUGGAAACAUACCCCCAAGUUCUGGCCUGUCAAGCUCCAGUGCUCUGGUCUGUUGUGCUGGCUUAGUGACACUCAUCGUGCUGGGAAUGAACCUAUCCAAGGUAGAACUUGCAGAAAUCUGUGCCAAGAGCGAGCGGUAUAUAGGCACUGAAGGAGGGGGCAUGGACCAGUCCAUAUCAUUUCUUGCUGAAGAAGGGACUGCAAAGUUAAUAGAAUUUAGUCCCCUGAGAGCAACUGAUGUGAAACUUCCCAGUGAAGCAGUUUUUGUGAUUGCCCAUAGCUGUGUGGAGAUGAACAAGGCAGCAACUUCCCAUUUCAACAUCAGGGUGAUGGAGUGUCGGCUGGCUGCAAAGCUCCUGGCGAAAUACAAAGGCUUACAAUGGGACAAAGUUCUGAGGCUAGAGGAAGUACAGACCAAGCUGGGGAUUAGUCUGGAAGAAAUGCUGUUGGUCACAGAGAAUGCACUUCAUGCGGAACCCUACAGCCCUGAGGAGAUCUGCAGGUGUCUGGGAAUUAGCCUGGAGGAACUCCGAACCCAAAUUCUUAGUUCGAACACUCAAGAUGUGCUCACCUUUAAGCUCUAUCAGCGGGCAAAGCACGUGUACAGCGAGGCUGCACGCGUGCUCCAGUUUAAGAAGAUAUGUGAAGAAGCACCUGACAACAUGGUCCAGCUGCUGGGAGAGCUGAUGAACCAGAGCCACAGGAGCUGCCGGGACAUGUACGAGUGCAGCUGCCCUGAGCUGGACCAGCUGGUAGACAUCUGCCGGAAUUUUGGAGCUAAAGGGUCUCGACUUACUGGAGCAGGAUGGGGAGGCUGCACAGUGUCCAUAGUACCUGCUGACAUGCUGCCCAACUUUCUCACAAAUGUGCAUGAAGCUUAUUACCAGAGGAACAGUUCCAGCAUAGCUCUGGAGAAGCAGAGCUUGUUUGCUACCAAACCCGGAGGAGGGGCCUUGGUUUUCCUUGAGGCCUAAACAAUGUAAAAAUCUCAGAGAAACUAUUUAGGGCAUUUGGGAACUGGCAGGACUUCCUAUGCCACAGUAAAUUAAUCCUUUUUCUGUUUUGUAUUAUGAGGAACGGUUGCUGUUAUCAAGAUGUAUUUUCAAAGAAAUGGUUGAAAGCUCUCUAUGCUUCAUAAUGAUUAUUUUUCCAUCUUAAAAUAUGUUUUUAGUGAAUAAGAGCCAAGAAUAUGCUUAGAUCUUUGAAGUGUGAUUUACUGAGAUUUAUUGAUUGUAAAGACGAAUGAAAAUGUACUCUUUUAAAUUACAUGAAUUGGACCCGAAUUAAAGGCACUGCCACACUUGAACUGGUAGAAUUGAAUUG